AUGGAGUCGAAUGGAAAUACCCCUAUGAUGGAGGAGACCAGCAAGCCUCCAGAGGGCUUAGUGCUCCCCCCCAAGGAUAUUAGAGCAAUUGUCGAGAAGACCGCAGGCUAUACCGCUCGCAACGGCGCUGUCUUCGAAGACCGUGUUCGCGAGAAAGAAAAGGCGAACACGAAAUUCUCCUUCCUGCACGCCGGUGACGCCUACGCGCCCUACUAUCAAUGGCGCCUUGCGGAGAUCAAGGAAGGCCGCGGAACUUCAGUAUCAGCAGGACGCACUGGAGAGACUGGAGCUGUCGCAGAACCCGAAACGCCCAAGGGGCCACCUGAACCCGCCGCUUUCCACUUCUCGGCGCGCAUGCCCAACAUCAGCGCACAAGACCUGGAGGUAGUCAAGCACACAGCUUUGUUUGUCGCAAAGCGUGGGAAAUCCUUCAUGACCGCACUGUCCCAGCGCGAGGCCAGAAACUUCCAGUUCGACUUCCUACGACCCCAGCACAGUCUCUAUCAAUUUUUCACGCGAUUGGUCGACCAGUACACUAUCUUGCUCCGCGCGGAGGGUAUCGACGAAGCUACCUCAUCUGUGAAAAGAAUUGCUGAGCUGGAACAAAAUGUGCAAAACAAAUUCCGCGUCAUGGAGCGCGCCAAGCAGCGCGCCGAGUGGGUGAAGUUCCAAAAGCAACAGAAGCAAGAGAAGGAAGACCAAAAAGAACAAGAGCAGAUUGAGUACGCCCAGAUUGAUUGGCACGAUUUCGUGGUGGUAGAAACCGUCGAGUUCACCGAGGCCGACGACAACGCUGGGCUCCCACCGCCGACCUCCCUCAACGACCUCCAAUCCGCCUCCCUCGAGCAAAAAGCAGCUCUCUCCCUCAACACACGACGCAUCGAGGAAGCAAUGCCCACAGACCUUGACAACCCAACAUACUACAACGCCUACCCAGCCCAGCCCGAACCAGUCAUCGCCCCCCAACCCUCCAUAUCGCCCUACCCAGCCGGCCCUUACGCCCCACCAAACCAGUACACAAACCCGGAAGAGGAGCAACGCAUCCGCGAGCGCAUGCAAGCACGCGACCAAGCCGCGGCCGCCCAAGCAGCAGCCACAGCAAUCCCAGGCCAGCAACCAAUGCGCAUUCGCUCAGACUACGUACCGCGCGCCCAGGCCCGCCGCCAACAAGCCGGUGCUAUGGCCAUCUGCCCAUACUGUAACCAGAAGGUCCCCUCGGCCGAGCUGGACGACCACAUCCGUAUCGAGCUCCUCGAUCCACGCUGGAAGGAACAGCGCGCCAAGGCCGACUCCCGCAGCGCAACAACUAACCUCUCCACCGUCGACGUCGUCAACAACCUCAAGCGUUUGGCCAGCCAACGCAGCGACGUCUUCGAUCCAUCGCCCGCCGACCCAGAAGAGGAGGCUCGCCGUAAGCGCAUGGCUAUGGAUGGCUCGGCUGGUCAGCAGGGUCCGACUGUUGGACCGGCUGGUGUGCCUAACCCCAAUAAUCCUCAGAAUAUGAACAUCGAGGAUCAGUUGAGACACAUUCAUCAACUUGCCAAGAAAUGA